AUGCAAACGCGUUAUCCUCGUCAUUAAAUUACUCAAUCUGUUAUCAAUAUUCCGCAUACUUAGAUGACAGUUGUUAGAAGUAUAUACCCAGUCGUAGUUCGAACUUUAGAAGGUACUAUGAGUAUAUAAUCUAGUUCCUGGAUAUCAUCGAAAUCAGAAUGAUACUGGAAGGAUAAAUAUUAUGAACUUAGACAUCAAUAUUGGUUUUUGGAAGACAAAUUUAGCAAACUAGAAGAUUUAUAAUGAUAAAAUAGUAGAUGUGAAGUUGUCAGAGAAAAUGAUUUAAAAUCAAUUAAUUAGUUGUUUACUUAGAGUUAACACGAUAUUAGAUAACUUAAAAACAGUUUAGCCAAUGUUGAUACAUAAAUGA